AACCCCAAACGAAACCACCCUCCGCGACAAAGCCGACUACUAUAGGCUGUCGUAGCCAACAAGCGCGACAUCCUCCGCCCCCACCUCGCCGCCGGCGAUGGAGCCGCCUUCGCCUCCGGCGACCCACUCCGCGGCCGUCCGUGUCCUCUCCCGCACUCCUCCGCCGACCUCCCCGAACCCCUCCUCCACGGGCCCGGCGGCCCCGUCGCCCGCCUCCCGCGACGGGGUCGUCGCCGUCGGCUUCGUGGGCGCCGCGGGGACCGCCCGCCUCGCGGACCGGAUCCUCGACGCCCACGUCUUCUCUCCCGGUGGCUCGGCGGGGAGCCUCGCGGGAAGGGUAAGGUACCACCGCGACGCCGGCAAGAGGAUGGUGUUCCUUCACCUCACGCCGCCGCCGCCCGCGCCGCUCGAGGCGGUGGCAGGAUGCUGCGAUGACGGCGAACUACCGGAGAUGCUCUUCAUGUUCUCUGUCUGCCACGUAAUUAUAUUUCUGCAACAAGGCUUCAGAUUUAACACACAAACCUUAAAGAAGUUCCGACUGCUGCAAUCUUCAAAGCAUGCUCUCGCUCCAUUUGUCAAGCCAUUGGUGGCAGCUGCAAUGCCUGCCAGAACUGUUGCCUCUGACACCCCAACAAGAGCAACCCACAGGGCUUCUUCCGUCUCCCCUCCAACACGCCGAGGAGGUCACGCUGGGCGUCAGUCCUCGGCUAUCUCACUUAUGUCUGGAACCAGUUCAACUCCUUCUGUCUUGCCAGGCCAAUGCAUUCCUGUAUUGCUCUUUGUCUUUGAGGAUGAUGCGGUUGAUGUUUCAAGUGCUGCAGCAAGUCCCGAUGAUAUAGGUGAUGCAUCUUCAUCAAAUCAGGGUUCUACCCCUGAUGGACUACCAAAACAGAGCUUAGCUUCAAAAAGUUCUGGUUCAGUAAUUAUGCUUUCCCGGGCAGCAAACAAAUCUGAGGGCAGUUCAGGCAAAAAACUGCAUUCGUCACUGGAGGGACAGAUCCGUGUCUUGAUCAAGAAGUGCAGGGUGCUUGCAGGCAUGGAGCCUGGACAUAUUGGCCCAAGGGGCGUAAGUAACAUGAGUCAUCAUUUACCCCUGUUCUCACUCGAUACCUCGAGGGUAGUUGCACUGUUGGAACGGUAUAUUAAUAAGAAACAGGAACCACUGGACACCAUUGCAGGACUAUUUGAAGAUUCUUUGUGCUCCAAAUCGCCAUUGGAUAUUCUUUCGCUCGAAAACAACUACCAUCCAACAAACCAUGAUGACUUUCAGUUGAUCAAGGAUUUUAUAUUUCGGCAGUCUGAUGCGCUGAGAGGGAAAGGGGGAUAUUCAAGCAAUGCAAGUGCCGGGUCUGUUGCAGGUGUUGGCAUGGUGGCUGCUGCUGCUGCAGCAGCUGCAGCAUCAGCUGCAUCUGGGAAACCAGUUAAUGCACCUGACCUCCCUACUUUUGAUAAAUGGUUGUCCAUAAGUACCUCUAUUCUAACUGCACUGUUGAGUGGAAGAAAUGUGCUGAGAUGUCAGUCUGAAAGCAAGACUCAUACAAGUCCUACUGAGAAGAAUGGCCAACUUCCUGUAGGAUCUAAUGCUAUUGAGAUCGCAUUAUCGUGCUUGGAAAGUAACAAUGGGCUGAACAUGAAAUUUUCUUCAUCAUGGUGUCAAAGGGUGCUUCCAGCUGCUAAGGAGAUAUACCUGAAAGGUUUGCCUGCCUUUUACCCCACAAGAAUGCAUGAAGUGCAGCUACAGAAGGCAUUGCGGUCCUUUGGCUCAAUGGUUAAAGGACCAGCAGUCAGGGUAUUCUCAAAGAAGCUAGAAGAUGAGUGCCGGGCAAUAUGGGAAUCUGGAAGGCAGCAAUGUGACGCUGUUAGCCUAACUGGCAGACCAUGUAAGCACCGCAGGCAUGGCGAUUUCUUUUCAUCAGAUGCAAUGGAGCAACAUUCUAGUGGAUAUGUCUUCCUCCAUGCAUGUUCCUGUGGCCGGUCACGCCGCCUUAGAGAUGAUCCUUUUGACUUUCAGACAGCCAACGUGUCUUUUAAUUGUUUCCAAAAUUGCGAUGACCUAUUACCUACCCUUGCGCUUCCAAGAGGCAGCAAUGAUGGUUCAUUUUCAGUAUCCUCUUGGUGCUUGGUGCGUCUUGGAGGAGCAAGGUACUACAAGCCAACAAAAGGACUCCUUCAAAGUGGAUUUAGCUCCAAGGAGAGGUAUCUUCUAAGGUGGAUUGUAUCUGUUCAUAAGGGGCAAGUGAGAAAUGACAUUCGUUCUAAUACUAUUACUUCAUCCGCAAGAUCUGGUAUGAACCCGCAGACUCCCCCAAUAGUCACUGGUGAAGUAAAAUCUGCCAUAACCCAAGUCACAGCACAAAUUAAAUAUGCAAAGCUUGAAAAUUCUGGAAAACAAGCUGAAGUUGAACCAGUGAGCAACUUAGGCAUUAAUUUUGGUAAAGGUCUGCCAAAUUUUACUAUGAAAAAGCCCUUUUCUGAAGUUGUUGCUGGCACCACAUCAAAAGAUACCGAGUUUCCUGCUCUUCAGCAGACAAGGCCACCAAAACCUGGUGGUCGAAAAGAUGAGCAGCGUCAAAUGAAUAUAGUAGACCAGACUAAUGGCCGAGGUCAUGUGGCUGUCAGCCAAGGGUCUGUAGCUGAAACUGAAUCGGCAAAAGCAAGCAGAAACAAGAGUAGUGAAAAUGCUGAUGGGAAGCCCUUUUUACAGAUAGGGAGCAAUAUAGUACCAGUGAUUGCUGGAAAUGAGACUAGAGAAACUAGUCAGCCAGUACAACAGUUUGUUGUGUAUAUUGGAUUUGAGCAUGAGUGUCCCUAUGGUCAUCGCUUCUUACUGUCAGAGAAACAUAUGAAGGAGAUCGAGUCUUCCUGUUUGCAGUAUCAAAGACCUCAUCUAAACAAAGAAGCAGAAGUCAAGCAUGCACAAAAGUUGCUCCAAAAUGCAUCUGGUUUAAUAGCAUCUGCAGUGGACAUAAACAGUGCACGGAAAAACAGUAAGCCAUUGGAAUCAUCAGGGAGAAACAGCCAGCAGCAAUCACUGCAGCUGAGGAUUGAUGCAGAGACCUCACAGCCUUCUCCUCGGCUUUCAGAUCCACAGAAUGCCAAAAGGUGGGAGCAUUAUUUUCGAAGCGUUACAAUUGAUGAUGGUGGAGAAGCAUUUUCACUGAUGAACAGAAACUUGCCAAUAUAUAUGCGCUGUCCACAUUGCAAGGUCUCAGAAAGGAAGGAACAUCAAGAUGUAAAGUUUGCUGGUGUUGUGUCUCAACUUCAGCGGAUUUUCAUUGUGACACCUGAUUUCCCUGUUCUGUUGGCAAGCUGCCCACUUGUACAGUUUGAGGGGUCAUGUUUGCCAUCAAAUGUCUCUGAUCAUGAUCGAGAAGGAUCAUUCAGUAUUGGGUGCCGAGUUAUCCUCCCACCUGAGAGCUUUCUUACUAUGAGGCUUCCCUUUGUCUAUGGUGUUGAGACAAAGGAGGGAAGUAAAUUUCCCCUCAAAUACUUUGAGCGACAACCAGAACUCACAGCAUGGCUUGUUGCAGGCACAGCCCUGCAAAUCGUGUCGGUAGGGGAUGUCACUGAGAAAGAAACCGUUAUGAAGUGAUAGACAUGUCAUAUAAAGCUUUACUGGCUUUAGCAUGUUCUAGUCAUAUAUCAGUGAUUUGCUAUCGGCAUUGAAUAGGUCUGUUGAUGGUUAUAUUCUGUCUGAAGUUUUCACUUCUACUCCUGAACUUGUGCUGCUAAGCUGUUGACACAACUAUUGCUUGCUUUCACUGUGCUGGAAGCAUUGUGAAAUAGAAGUUCCGCUGAUAUCUGCCUGACCUGGAUGGUGUAUAUAGAUGCAAGCAGAGGGGGCAGGCCCACAGGCAAUCACGCCGUUCUUGUCUUUGUACAUGAAAGGUGCCAGGAGGUUAAGUUUAGCUGGUUAUGUAAAGGUCCGCUUUUUGAGGACCUGUCCAGUGGAUCAAUCCCAUUCCUAGACUGGUUUGCCUUGAGGCUUGGAGAUUUUGUAGUAAGACUAUUAGUUCAAUUGAGCUGUUUGUCCAGUUGAUGAGUUGUUUUAUUCCUAGGCUUGUUGAGAAAUCUGGCCUUGGAAUAUAGAACCCAGAAGAAAGGAUUUUUCUGAAUGAUGUUGUAGCAAACGGUUGCUUGAGAUGCAUGAUCUCCUCAAAUAAACUUGACUGAUCUGCCUGUAUCCCUUAUUCUUUCUUGUAUAUAAUGUAUGCAGUACAGGUAUUUCCCCGCAGUCUUUGGAGAAGAAGAUGGAUUUGUGAAGUGAUAGCACAAAAAAAAAAGUCAUCAGGCGCUUCUGGUGGUAGACUGGAGACUGGGCUGGAGAAAUGUUGGAGCUGGAAGGAAACGCACGGAUGGCUCCUGCUUGACAAGUGUAAAGGCAGGCGGCAAGCAGGGACGUCGAGUCGAGGCCCCGGCCGGCUCCAAGAGCUUCUUUCUCCAAUCCAAUCCAAUCCAAUCCAGAACCCUGACUGCAGUCCAUGGUAUUGUAGCGCUACCAUUUGUCCACGUCCGAUGGGUGAAGUGAAGCAUGACUGACUGACUGCAUGGGUUUGAGUGAGUUGCUUGGACAAGUGGCUGUGUGUGGUGCUGCUACUGCUACCUAACCUUUUGCUUGGCCGAUAGAUAAGAAUACCGGACUGAUGGAUGGAAGUGGAUGUGAACAAACAGCUGGUUGGCUCAGGGCAGGCUCCACACCACCAACGGCCGGAGCAGAUGGACAUGGACGUCUCACUUAGGUUAGCUAGCUUCUUUUCCUUUGUGACCGUGAUCUGCUACUGCAGGAAACCAUGCAUGAUUCACAAGCAGCUAGCAGCCUCCAGUCAUAUUCCUCUUUAUUUUAUUUUUUUAUAUAAAAAAAAGAAAGAGGAAAGCAGGAUGGGAGCUGCACGUGAUGUUCCGUGCUUGCACGAGCAGGAUGGUGUGGAGCAUGUGACGUGUAGGCUGGAGCUUGGCUUGGCUUAGAGGUUACUAGCUAGCUCACUCUGAAUGAUCUCCAUUCUUCAGGAGGAGAAGGCAGAUGCGGCAGAAGCACCAGCACACUGAAUGCAAUCAUUCAAUACUCAUCUACAGCUAGCCAAGAUGUGAGAAGAGAGCAAGGAAGAAUUGUCAAGCCUCCCACGUUUCCCCAAUCUUCUCUCUUCUUUUCAUUUCCCCACUUUUAAUAUGUUUAUUUUCCUCUUAUUUGCAACAGCUCCUUUAAUUAUAUAGCAACAUUUUUUUUAAGAUAUAGUAGUAUAUAUAUUAAUUUUAUCA